CUUAUACCACUGUACAUCGCCAAUUGUACCAUAUUCAAUUGACAUAGCAUUGCAUUGAGCAUUCGUUAGCGUCUUCACCCCGCCAUCGCCGACAUGCAGGCCCAGCCCCACCUUCGUUCCGCAGCUCUGUCUGCUUUCCGCUCGAGUACUUCUUCAAUCCGAGCUCCCGUCAACAAGCGAUUCUUCACUCCCUCGGCAUACAACAUGGCCAUCAAAUCGUACUUUGACAUCUCUUGGGAGGGUCCUGAGGUUGAGGUCGACAAGUCUGGCAAUGUCACGUCCAAGGGCGGCGUCAAGCAGCAGCAAGGUCGCAUCAACUUCGAGCUGUUCGACGACGUCGUACCCAAGACCGCAGAAAACUUCCGUGCGCUUUGCACCGGCGAGAAGGGCUUUGGCUAUUCCGGCUCCAAGUUCCAUCGCGUGAUUCCCGACUUCAUGCUCCAGGGAGGUGACUUCACCCGCGGCAACGGCACCGGCGGCAAGUCUAUCUAUGGCGAGAAGUUUGCCGACGAGAACUUCAAGCUCAGACACCAGAAGCCCUUCCUUCUGUCCAUGGCCAACGCUGGACCCAACACUAAUGGAUCGCAAUUCUUCAUCACAACCACCGUCACCUCAUGGCUCGAUGGCAAGCACGUCGUCUUCGGUCAGGUCCCCGACGGUGACGUCGAAUCAUACAAGGUCGUGAGGGCAAUCGAGGCAGCAGGCAGCAGCUCGGGCCAGAUCAAGUACAAGAACCCUCCCACCAUCACCAGCGCUGGUGUGGAGUAGGUGGCCGAUACAACGGCACAACAGGCUGUGCUCUGGCGCAAUCAAAGAUUUUUCGCUUCGACGCACUCGACCUAUUAGAUGCCAUAUUUGACGAUUUACGUAGUAGCUGUACAAUACACUCUUCUCAACAUUCA